AUGAUCCGUAGAGGUGUAAACCCUAAUGUUGUCACCUACAACUCCUUAAUCCAUGGAUUUUGCCUUUCUGGCAAAUGGACAGAGGCCACAAGCUUGCUUAAUAGAAUGAUGGAUGAAGGAGUAUCACCAAAUGUUGUAACCUCAACCUCUGCAAUUGAUGCUCUUUGCAAGGAGAGAAGGACCAAGGACGCCCUCACUGUUUUACAGGUAAUGACUCAAAGAGGUCUAAGUCCUGAUGUAAUCACUUACAACUGUUUAAUUCAUGGCAUAUCCAAUACAUCACAAUGGGGUGAAGCGACAAGUUUGUUUGAUGAACUGGUAGGUUUGGGCAUCUCACCCAAUAUAAUUACUUUGACAGCACUUUUUGAUGCUCUCCGUAAAGAAGGGAUGACAGAAAAGGCUCGCAAAGCAGUUGGGGCAAUAUUUCUGUAUGGUAUGGAGGGCAGAGAUGGUCUUUGGUUUUAUGGUGCUGAAGGGUCAUGUUCCUGA